AUGGGUACUAGUUCAGGUGUGGGUAAAACGAUCAGCUGGGUAUUGUUGGCGGCUGCUGUAAUCCUGGCUUUUGGGUGCUCACAGGGGGAAUGCAAGGUGGGCGAUAAAUGUUCGUCGGACCAAGAUUGUGGAGCAGGGCUCUACUGUUUCAGUUGCCUGGAGAAAGUAACCUCCGGCGCAAUAUGCGUUAGAUCCACCACCACAAACCAGUUCCAGCUCCUGAACAACUCUCUGCCCUUCAACAAAUAUUCAUUCUUGACAACCCACAAUGCAUUCGCCAUCGAUGGGUAUCCGCAGCACACUCCGAUACCUCGAAUCACUGAAACGAACCAGGAAGAUAGCAUCACCACCCAGCUUAACAAUGGAGUCAGGGCAUUAAUGCUCGACGUCUACGAUUUCCAAGGCGACGUUUGGAUGUGCCAUUCCUUCGGCGGCAAGUGCUACGAUUUCACUGCCUUCGGUCCAGCAAUUGACUUCUUGAAGGAGAUCGAAGGCUUCAUGUCGGCAAACCCAUCGGAGAUCGUCACAAUCAUCCUCGAAGACUACGUCAACGCCGACAAAGGCCUGACCAAAGUCUUCACCGACGCCGGGCUCAUGCCGUACUGGUUCCCUGUCUCCAGCAUGCCCAAGAACGGCGGCGACUGGCCGCUGGUCAGCGACAUGGUGAAGAACAACCAGCGCCUCCUCGUCUUCACCUCGAUUUCGGCCAAGGAAUCGAGCGAGGGCAUCGCUUACCAGUGGAAUUACAUGGUCGAGAACCAAUAUGGGGAUGGAGGGAUGAAAUCGGGUAGCUGUCCGAACAGGGCGGAAUCUUCGGGUAUGAACGACACGACGAAGUCGCUGGUGCUGAUGAACUACUUCAGGUCGACGCCGAUGAAGGCACUUGCUUGUGGGGAUAACUCUGGUGGUGUGAUGGACAUGCUUGCCACUUGUGAAGCUGCUGCGGGGGACCGAUGGGCUAAUUUCUUGGCCGUCGACUACUACAAGAGAAGUGAAGGUGGAGGAGUGUUUCAAGCUAUGGACACUCUGAAUGGGAAGCUGCUCUGUGGGUGCAAUGACGUUCAUGGCUGUGUGGCUGGAUCAGAUUCAGCGGCCUGCAAUCCUUGA